UAAAUUGUGACACAUUAAUUUCACAUGACAUGCAAUCAAUAGUACCAUCCUCAUUUCUGACUUUAUAAACUUCAAUUAAAAACUCUAAUUUUAUUUUUUUUACUAACUCUUAAUUUAUUUGAAUGGCUUCUCCACUUGCCUUCAAGCGCACAGAUUCAAUAGCAGAUAACAUGCCUGAUGCAUUGAGGCAAAGUAGGUACCAUAUGAAGAGGUGCUUUGCUAAGUACAUAGAGAAGGGGAGAAGACUAAUGAAACUUCAUCAUUUGAUGGAAGAAUUGGAACAAACUAUAGAUGAUACUAAUGAAAAAAAUCAACUUUUGGAGGGCAUUCUCGGAUUCAUAUUGACCUCUACACAGGAAGCUGUUGUUGAUCCACCAUAUGUGGCCUUUGCGAUUAGACCUACUCCAGGAGUAUGGGAAUAUGUAUGUGUGAACUCUGAGGACCUUUCUGUUGAGGCUACUACCUCCACUGACUACCUCAAAUUUAAGGAAAGGAUAUACGAUGAAAAUUGGGCAAAUGAUGAAAAUGCAUUUGAAGCAGACUUUGGAGCAUUUGAUUUUGGGAGUCCUAAAUUAACCCUAUCUUCUUCAAUUGGGAAUGGACUUUACUUUAUUUCAAAGUUAUUAACUUCAAAAACCACUGGGAAAUCGGCAAAAUUACAGACUAUAGUGGACUACUUGUUGACACUAAAUCAUCAUGGAGAAAGUCUCAUGAUAAAUGACACCUUGAACUCAGCUGAAAAGCUUCAGAUGGCAUUAAUAGUGGUUGAUGUUUUCCUUUCAGCAAUUCCCAAAGACACUUCAUAUCAGAAAUUUGAGCUAGAGUUAAAAGAGCGGGGGUUUGAGAAAGGAUGGGGAGAUACUGCAGGAAGGGUGAAGGAGACAAUGAGAACUUUAUCAGAAGUACUCCAAGCUCCGGAUCCGGUGAACUUGGAGAAAUUUUUUAGCAGGAUUCCUACAAUGUUCAAAGUAGUGAUCUUCUCAGUUCAUGGUUAUUUUGGUCAAGCUGAUGUUCUUGGCUUGCCAGACACUGGUGGUCAGGUAGUUUACAUAUUGGACCAGGUCAAGGCUUUGGAGGAAGAGUUGCUUUUAAGAAUUAAGCAACAAGGGCUAAAUUUUAAACCUCAAAUUCUUGUGGUAACAAGGUUGAUACCUGAUGCUAGAGGAACCAAGUGCCACCACGAGUUCGAACCGAUCAAUGAUACCAAGCAUUCUCACAUUCUACGUGUGCCUUUUUAUACAGAGAAAGGAAUCUUGCGUCAAUGGGUUUCUCGCUUUGACAUUUAUCCUUUCCUUGAGAGGUUUACUCAGGAUGCAACAACCAAGAUUUUGGACCAAAUGGAUGGCAAACCAGAUCUUGUUAUUGGAAAUUACACAGAUGGAAAUUUGGUAGCAUCAUUAAUGGCUAGAAAACUUAAUAUAACUCAGGCAACUAUAGCACAUGCUUUAGAGAAGACCAAGUAUGAAGACUCUGAUGUUAAGUGGAAAGAGUUAGACCCCAAAUAUCACUUCUCAUGUCAAUUCAUGGCUGAUACAGUUGCAAUGAAUUCAGCUGAUUUCAUCAUAACCAGCACAUACCAAGAAAUUGCUGGAAGCAAAGAUAAACCUGGACAGUAUGAAAGCCAUGAUGCAUUUACUCUUCCAGGGCUUUGUAGGGUUGUUUCAGGGAUAAAUGUGUUUGAUCCCAAGUUCAAUAUAGCUGCACCUGGAGCUGACCAAACUAUCUAUUUCCCUUGCACAGAAAAAGACAAAAGACUCUCUCAAUUUCACCCUGUCAUUGAAGAUCUUCUCUUUAAUAAAGUAGAUAACAAUGAGCAUAUUGGAUAUCUAGCAGAAAGGAGGAAACCAAUAAUAUUCUCAAUGGCAAGGCUUGAUGUAGUGAAGAACUUAAGCGGAUUAGUCGAAUGGUAUGCGAAGAACAAGAAACUAAGAAGCUUGGUGAACCUUGUCAUAGUAGGAGGCUUCUUUGACCCUUCAAAAUCAAAAGAUAGGGAAGAAAUGGCAGAAAUAAAAAAGAUGCUUGAUAUAAUUGAAAGGUGUCAACUAAAGGGCCAAUUCAGAUGGAUUGCCGCGCAGACUAAUCGAUAUCGCAACGGAGAGCUCUAUCGCUGCAUUGCUGACACAAAGGGAGCUUUUGUGCAGCCUGCUUUGUAUGAAGCUUUUGGAUUAACUGUGAUUGAAGCAAUGAACUGUGGCUUGCCAACUUUUGCAACAAAUCAAGGAGGUCCAGCAGAAAUCAUUGUUGAUGGAGUCUCAGGAUUCCUCAUUAACCCUCUCAAUGGAGAUGAAUCAAGCAACAAGAUUGUUUCUUUCUUUGAAAAAUGCAAAGCAGAUCCAUCAUAUUGGAACACAAUUUCUGCAGCUGGAUUGCAACGCAUAAAUGAAUGCUAUACAUGGAAGAUCUAUGCAAACAAGUUGGUAAAUAUGGGGAACAUUUACACCUUUUGGAGGGUAGUGAACAAGGAGGAAAAAAAGGCAAAGCAAAGAUACAUACAUAUGUUCUACAAUUUCUUAUUCAGAAAUUUGGUUAAGAAUGUACCUAUUCCAUGUGAUGAACCUCAAACAUUAGGCAAGCCACCAAGUCUUAAACACCAAGGAUCUAGCACUAAACGUUCACAAUCCACAUUGAGAAGGCUAUUUGGAGCUUAAUGGUGUCAACUACAAAGCAGGUCAAUUGAGAGAAUGUGAUAUGUUGUCAAUUGUCAUGAUGAAUAUUGAUCUUUCUAUGAUGUAUUAUAUAUGUGUUUAUAAUUUUUGUUGUUGUAUUUUAUAAAAGAAAAAGUUCUAUAAUUAUAUUGCAAAAUACCAAAUGUUUUAUGUGAUCAAUAAAAUGACGUGUGUGAGGAAAUUUAUGUGAUCAA